CGCAUCAUAAUUGGAGGGUAAUUUGCCCCACUUCAUAAAAAAGGCCAAUCCACGCUCUAUUGGCGCUCCCACCCGGUGGUAGAUUCUUUCCGGCCCUGCCACUCCACUCUUUGCUUCUUUGCAACGGAUUUCAUCAAGUAAUUCUCGCCCUGGAACAGUGAAAGGCAUUCUGCUUUGAAGAAGGGGAAUUAGUUAUUAUUGGGAAAGAUUCGAUUUUUACCUUGAGAAAAGAAAAAAAUAUAUAUUUGAAAAUUAGUGGUGUUCUUUGGAUAUGGGGAAUAAAUUGGGGAUGAAGAGGCAACUGGUGGAUGAUAAGUACACGAAGCCUCAAGGAUUAUACCAACUUAAAGAUGUGGACCAAAAGAAACUUAGGAAGCUUAUUCUUGACUCGAAGCUAGCACCUUGUUACCCUGGUGAUGAAGAACGUGGUUGUGACCUUGAGGAAUGUCCCAUUUGUUUCUUGUACUAUCCAAGUCUUAAUCGGUCAAGAUGCUGCGGGAAAGGCAUUUGUACUGAGUGUUUUUUGCAGAUGAGGACCCCUAAUUCUACCCGGCCUACACAGUGUCCUUUCUGUAAAACGUUAAAUUAUGCCGUGGAGUAUCGAGGUGUUAGGACAAAAGAGGAGAAAAGCCUCGAGCAAAUUGAAGAACAACGGGUUAUAGAAGCCAAAAUAAGAAUUAGAAAGCAAGAACUUCAGAAUGAAGAGGAGAGGAUGCUCAGUAGAAGAAGAUCAAGUGAAAUUGACAAUUGUUCAACAACAGAACCAUCCGUUGCUUCAGCUGUGCAAGGUGAGGAAGCUGUUACAUGUGAGGAGUCUCAUGUUUCUUCGGCAGUAACGCCGCCUUCAUGUCCAAGGCAAAAUAGGUAUACAAUUAUAUGCGUUAUCAUCUUAAUAUUUUGAUGUCUUUUAUGUUUC